CACUGAUCCGUCAUACAUAGGAAUCAUAUUAGAGCUUGAUCAUGGCUGUUACACGAUCCAUCUUCGCUCUAACUGUCUCCUUCGCUCUGAUUGCCAUGUGCAUUGCACAAGCACCUUCACCUUCACCUUCCCCAGCGCCUUCCCCAGCGCCUAUGUCGGUUGACACCCCACCGACUCCAUCACCAUCCCCAGUCGUUCCAACCCCAAUGAGCGCACCAACAAUCUCCCCACAAGCUCCACCAACAAUGGCUCCAACUCCAUCUCCCUCUCCCACGCCAUCUGUCAUUGCUUUGCCAUCUGGACCAUCACCGUCACCAGUUAGUGAUUCAGCCGAUUCUGACAACUCCGGAACAGUUGUUCAGGGAAUAAGUAGCUUGACUUCUAUGCUCGCAUUGCUUGGAGCUGGACUAAUCUUUGCUUAAUUGCAAUUACAACUUGUGCUUAUAUACUUGUUAUAUUUUAUUGAAUCUCGGUCAUAAAUUUAUGGAGGGAGACGAAGAUGAUUUUUAGUUUUCUUUUCGAUUUCAUUGUUUGUUAUUUUCCGAUGCAAUUAUUGUAUGCCAUAUGUACCAUCUUUUUUGAGGUUCGCGAAUAAAAAUGUUUACGUUUGUUGGUGUCUUAA